GGGUUUUAUGUGAGACGCAGCCUCACUGCACACAGCAGUGACACGAAUACCUACAUCUGCAGAGUGAAAUGGGGGCAGAACGUGAUGGAGGAAAAGAUCGACAUCACUGAUCACUUGCCCAGGCCUGACUAUACAGCAGCCAUCGCUGUUCCAGUUGUACUGAUCCUGCUCUCAGCACUCGUGGGUGUUGUCGUGUAUUACAGAAGGAGAGCUAAACAGGAAAAAGUGAAGAGAGACAUUGAGACAGCUGACUUGUGCAUGAGGAGAGGAGGUGAAGAUCGUCUCCGUGGGGUGAACUUCACUGAUGCUCAGUGGGCAUAUGUGGAACACACUCUACUUACUUCAGAAGAGGAUCUGGAGGAGUUUGACCUGAGCAAAUAUGACCGAUCAGAGGAAGGUUUUCUGAAGCUCCAGAAAGUGGUCAAAUCAUGCAGAAAAGCACAGUUGAGGAAGUGUAAACUCACAGAGAAAAGCUGUGAGGUUCUGGCCUCAGUUCUCACCUCAAACUCCCGUCUGACAGAGCUGGACCUGAUUGACAAUGAACUGUGUGACUCAAGAGUGAAGAAACUCUGUACUGGACUGCAGAGUCCAAACUGUAAACUGCAGAAACUCAGGUGAGGUCAUUAUUUCUUC